AUGGCGGCUUCACUAUCCUCCUCCGUGGCAUCCCUGAAAUCAUCGCUGCAAUUGCUAGAAUCAUCUAUUGAUGUCCUGGACAAUGGCGUCAACGACUUUCCCCGCCUCUGCAAAAUACUCCAGUCGACGAGACAUUUUGAACUCCUGCCGGAACCUACUUUACAAGAAGCUCAAAAGGCUAUCCUCGACGAAAUCACCCCCAGCAUCGCUCACUUGCUACGCCUUUCGGGGAACCAUAUUGACAAACUCGCCCGACGCGAAGAAGCUCUGAAGGCUAAAUGUGAACUGCAGGAAGGCAGGUUGUCUCGCGACUCAAGACCUUCUUCUCGUGUCGGUGGUCAUGCCGAUGGAAAGACCGAACCCAGCGGCUUACGUGCUGCGAGCAGUGCUCGAGCGGCUGAACUCCGGAAGCUGGUGCAAAAGAAGGAACGACUAAAGUAUGCCGUGGAGAGACUGGAGUUGCAGUCACGACAGAGGGAAAGACAACUGAGGAAGAGCAUGGCGGCACAGUGA